UAACAGCCAAGUGAUCAUGAUUUUGACCAUGACGCGUAGGACGAGCCACACUUUCCCUUUUACCUUUUCGCGGAAGUGAAAAUGGUCAGCUGCGAGAGAAUCGUCUAUUACACGGCGACCUGAUCACUUACAACUUCUCUUUCCCGACUCUUCUUUUCAAAAUAGUUGUGCGCUCGUGCGUGAUUCUUCGAGAUCGGAACCGUUAACCUUUUCAGAGAGAUGAAUGAUUCCCCAGUUGCUAUACUUCGUUAGGUGAGACAGUAUUAUACACAUAAUGAGGUUACAAUCUGGUACUGCUCUCUAAUAUAUUAUAUGUAGGCAUUCGCUCGCGUAACAAAGUAAACAGAUUUUGAUUGAAGGAUAGAUGAUAAAAUUGCCGCUUUCCUAUGGACAUAGGAAAUAAGAGAUCGUCGAUUGGCGAGAAAAGAAAGGUAAAUAUAAUAUAACGUCGUGACAAAGGAAUGUGAAAUCCUCGUUUGCAACCCGGUCACGAAUAAGAGCUAGAUCCAUAUAAUCGUGUACGUCGAGCCACCUCCCGUUUUCCGUUACCAGAACCUACUACUAUUGUUCCCUUUAAAAUCGAACUUCGCCGAACAACAACAUUUACCUUUCGAGCGGACGAGAAAGAGUGGACCGCUCGAUAGAAAUAGUCGAAUUGAUAAUCGGCCGAUCGUUAAUCGCCUGUACGAAAGAAUUAUUUAUUUAUUAAGUGCGUUCGGAAUGUUACUGGGUCGUACGCGGGUCUAUUCUCGAACUUCGAUACUUGAACGUUUAUAAAGAAGAUAGAUAUUAUCGAAGCGAAUCACGAUCAGGUAGCGUCCGGUCCGUUUGAUCGUUUCAACGUUCAAGCUUCCCUCAGACGAUCAUGGUGGCCGAGCUCACAGACAUUUAUACAACGAACGCCGAACGGACAGCAGUUGUCGAUAGACUUUGGAGAAGACCGAAAUGGAUCGAGAUUGCGACUCGUGAACCGAUUUACAGCGUUCUCGACGUUAACGAGCCGGUGGGCGCGAGGGUGAAACACCUCCCGUUGCCUUAUCCGAAUAAAAAUCCCCUCGUUGUCGUGAUAAGUGCGGUGAAGGACGGCCACGAUAGAAACGUACCUAAGGAUCUAUGCCCUAAGUCGAUUAAAAAAUACGAUAAGAAUACGAUAGGAUACGAUAGGAAUAUCGAUUUGGAGGAGCACGCGCUUUAUAGCGUCGUUAAAAAGAGAAGAGAGGUGCAUUCGGUCGAUAAGACGCAACGCGACGAGAAACAGCUACAAGGGUGGUUGCGUUUAACGUCUAAAUUUUCAAGUGCUAAUUAUCCCUUUGACGAAAUGUACGCCAACGAGAACGAUAAUGCCGAGGAUAAUAACGAGGAUAGGAAGGACUAUACGAAUGAUAAAGGGCAUCCGCGCCUAAAUGCCGUAGCCGUUCCCAGAGGUAUCGUCGGUUUAGUCGGACCUUAUAGAGUUUAUCAAAAUCCUAACGAGAAAAGAGAAUAUAUGCUCCGGGAGGAAGAACUUGUCGAAGAGGAUGUCGUGGAUUCUGUUAGCGACGUCGACAUAUCUCGGAAAAAUUGUCGUUCGGCCGAACCUCACAGAAGAGCAAAGUGGAAGAUAAGAGAGGACGACGAGGAAAUCUUGGUACCCGAUAUACGUCGUCUUCCCACGUCGUUUCAAGAAUACGAAAUCAAUGGGACAACGGAGGAACUCGACAAGGUCGGCUUGAAUAUAUCCGAAUGGAAGAUGUUGGACGAGCGUUGCAAGGAACGCGAGAUCGAAGAUACGAAGUUUCAGGGGAACGGCUUUCUCGACAACAAAAUUGAAGGCAUUCUUUCUGAUAAGGAAGAAAGAGUUGCCGUUGACGUUGCCGUUGACGUUGUUGACGGUGACGUUGACAUAGACGUUGACGUCGACACUAAAGCAAUCUCCUCCGUUGACGGUCUAUUGACGAAGGAAGGAAAGGCGAAUAACGAACAGCAAGACAAGGACAGUUUGAACGAGACAGCAAGUACGACGGGUGGCAACGUGGAGGGCGUACCCAGCGGUACCCCUCCAGGGAGGGGUGAGAGGAACAAGGAAAAUGAAUCCGCGGCAGCGCAACCAUCUUCCUCUUCGCCGCCAUCGAGAUCUUUGGUAUCCAGGAUUCUUGCGAGAGCACGAUCGCCGAACGAUUUGCUCGAUCAUACCGAGCCAUUUUCUCAAUUAUGGAUCGUUCUUUCCAACGUCUACGGAGAAUUGUUGAUAGUGUUGAUGAUGGCGCUUUGUUUAGCCGAAGUCAUGGAUACGCCUGUUCCUCUUCUCAGCUUACAGGGUAUCUUUUUGAUGUAUCUAUACGUCGGAAGUAUCGCCGUUAUCAUCGGCAUUUAUAUUUGGGUACUGCUCGAUAGCUGCGCAAGUCUAAACGGUACGAGAAGUGGGAUGGUUGACGUCGAAAUUGGUGGCACUUCCGUUACGAGAUUCGGAUCAUUGAAACGUGCUCACAUUUCUAGAGCCAGAACAGCACCGACGAGCUUUUACAUUCGCGUCGGUGCACUUUUGUUCGGAUUAGCCACUCUGGUCUUCAAUGGCUUAGAAAUGGCGAUGCACUCGAUGAUGCAGGGCGCUGAAUGCUUAAGCGACGUCAUUUUUGCGCAUCCUGUCUUGCAUGGAUUAUUUACUUUUUUACAAAUGCAUUUUUUAUUCGUCAAUUCCCAGGUACUCGUCGAAAGAUUCGGUUUAGCGGCCAGAUUUGGAUUCACGCAUCUUGCGGCGACGAACAUUGCCGUCUGGGUGCGUCUCGUUAUUUGGGACUCCGCGCAGGAAUGGACCUAUUUCGUAUACUUGGCACAACGGGGAUCUCAAACUCCUGCAUCCACAUUGAAUCUUCGUGGAUUUCCCGGUUCUUUAACGAGACACUCUCGGGAUCUCUUGGUCGAUACCUCGUCGGAAGAUAGAUCGGUAUUCAGACUGUACCGACCAAUUUCCAACGAACAAAUCUCCCAAGUGAUCGCCUUGCAAGAGUGCUUAAACACAAAUACGCUCGGACAGUUGUGGACAUCGAGUUUACCAUUUCUUUAUCCCUUCAUCGUACAAUUUAGCUUGAUCGCGGCCGCCGUAACAUUCGUAAUGGGACAAAAUGUGGGCCGAAGUCGCGUACCGCAGAAACAAAAGUUUCACGGUAAUAAGGAUAUAACGAGCCAUGCGAGAGUGGGCUGUGACGGAUCUAGUAAGGGUCUCUUCCUCGGUAUACUCUGCAUGGUAACCGGUAUCGUAGUUAUACUGAUCUUCCUGGUGGUCAGAGAGGAUGAACAUUUCUCGACUGUGACAUUGUCUUGGCUGACAUGCGGUACCUUAAUUGGGAUUCUAGCAUUAAGCUGCUUGAUGACAUCCACCGGCUUGAUACAAAUUCGUCAAAUGCCUGUAGUAACGAGGGCACCCGCGGCCCUCGACAAUCUCCUCUCGAACGUGGCCAUUUUUGGCGUUCAACUUUAUUCUAUUUUCACCAUCGUAGUAUGCGCCUGUUCCUUGGCCUUACUCGAGGCGGAAACGCUCGAGGAGGGAGAAGAAAAUGUAGAUUCCUCAUUUUCUUUUGGCGCAAGUAAAAUUGGAGGACAAUCGGAAGAAGGAAACGCAAUCCAGACACGGGGAAGGCACAUUAUGUUACUGUCGGCCUCGAUCUUGCAAUUGAUUCAAUGUUUCGCUCAAAGCACCUUAAUAGCCGAAACAUCAAGGAGAUCCUGCAUAACGCGAUUUCAGAUGUUAGCCAAGCCAGGUCGUCAGGUCAUCACUUUUCUUUUAUUUAGUAAUGCCGUUUUAUGGGCUUUCGAUACCGUAAUCACGCAAAACUGGAUAUCGCAAGAGUUGCAAUUAAGAUUCUUUGGUGUUCUUGUUUGGGGCAUCCUAUCGAGAAUCGGUUUACCGUUAUUGAUAUUCUAUCGAUUCCACAGUUGUGUACUUUUAUUAGAAGCCUGGAACAAGUGUUAUAGAACACCACGGGGGGAGCAUCCGCUCAACUGACGGCACAAAAGUCACGAUCCAAUCCAUGUUUGUUCAUCAAGGAAACUUUUGCAAGGAUCGCAGAAUCCACCUUGUCUGGAUUAUUCGAGUUAUAACGAAGGGAUGUUAGUCGACGUUAAAGAUCAGGACAAAAAAAUAUCUUAUAUGAUAGAAAAAAUCCCGAAGGGAUUAUUAUGUCGUAACACGCUAACGUUGAGUUCAAGACAUUUUAUUCCAUAUAUCGAUAGCUCUAGUUGGCUUUAUUUAGAUCCAAAUCCCAUUUUCCACGUUGCCAGACCUGCUACGUGUAGUCAAUAUUUGGAAUAUGCCAUGCCGCCACCGAAAAGAAAAAUCCAUCGUCGUCAUCAUCACCACCACUACCACCAUCAUCAUCGUCGUCGUCGUCACGAAAGGCACCGGCGAGUUAUGAGUGAUCCAGGCAGAGCAGAAACUUGUAAUUCCCUCGAUAAUCUUUCUCGACCAAAACAACGUCGAAGAGGGUUUAGUUUCAGUGAAUAUAUCGAUGAUGUUCCCGCUCCGAUAGAGCAGACAUCGGUGAUACAUCGAUGGAACGGCGAAGAUAAGAUUCUACCGUCCGAGGAAACUAGUGCAUCGACAUUUAGAAAAGUGCCAUGGCACCCCAAUUUACAUAUGCUGAAAAUAAGAAGAACGUGAAAGCAAAUAAGCGCGUAUCCGGCACUGUGGGAAUACGAUACGAUACGAUACGAUACUAUUCCUCCAAGUAACAUCCAAGUUUGCGAGUAUAGCCAUUUUUCGCUCCAUCAUCUUGAUUGAUUAUGAAUACGCGCGCGCACACACACACACACACACACACACACACACACACACACACACACACACAAUACGUACGAACUAACGUACGUAGGUGACAUCAACUUUAUUUAUUGCACGCACUCAAGUAUCGUCGAUCCGAUCGUUAUAAAUUUAGACUUUGCGUUACUUGCGGAAGAACGCAACUUGCUUUAUUUAUUUCAUUAAAGCUAUAUCUUGUACAUAGAUACACGAAUGGAUGGAAAAAUGCUCUCAAAUGGAUCUUUGAAAAUGGAGAGGAAACAAAGUAUUAAUCUGGAAUUUGUUUUGAUACGUUCUUUUAAAAAUAUGAGGAAAAGGAGUUGUUUUAAACUUUUUAGAGUUUAAUUCAUAUUAUCUCCUUGUAGAAUGAUUUUAUAUAAAUCUCCACGUAAUGUUAUCUCAGUUCUUAUUAUUAGGAUAAUAUCAUGUUUUCAUUAUUUUAAGAAAAUUAAACAAAUGAUAUCGGUCAUUAAAUUUCAUUCGCGCGAUCUACGUAUACAUAUCUCGAUGAUGCUUUGAAAAUGAUAUCGAAAUUAGAUAAUAACGUUUCAGAUAGGAAUUUAAAGUAAAAAACCGUAAAGCGACUCGAUUAAUAAGUCGCUUAGACAAGUGGUUAUAUUAUUAUACGCGACUUAUAUAGCGUUAUUAAAAAUGCCAGGUGUAAUGAUCAGACGAAUAUUUAUAAUAAAAUAUUUUUUAUGAUCAUAGGUUACUUCGUUUUCCAAAGAAAAUAUGAAGUUUAAUGGGACCGCAAUAUACAUAUUUUAUUGCGUUAAUAUCAUUAACAUAAAACGUAAAACUUUAAUAUAUCGAGUUUGACUGAAAGAUAUUUCUUCAUAGAUACAACGUCUAUAAUCUGUAGAUUUAACAUGACAAGGCUGAUAAAUGAGAUAUUAAUGCGCAUCGUAAUAGCGACGAUCAAGUAUAAUAUGUACAUGCAAAGCAGCGUGACAAAGUCCACUAUAAGUAAUGUAUUCUCAAGUAACUCUAAUCGUAUGUGAAAAACAACAAAACGCGUGGAGCUGUGUGAAAAUAUAAAUGAAAAUAUCUUGAAAAUAAUGUUAUACAACAGAGGGCAGAAAGCAUUCUCGGUCUCGAGACUCCAUCAUCGAUGCCGUCCUCAUAGAAUGGCGACCUAUUUUCAAACGGCAAUAAUGACAAUAAUAACGUAUAAUAAAAAGGAUAUAUAAUAUCAUCGGAAAAAUUAAUCCUUUCUAUUCUGUGUAUGACAUAUUUCUUAAGUUAAUUCUUCGUUAUUUCUAAGAACAUUGUAUAAGAUAUAAAUAAAUUUACCAAUCUUUACUG